AUGUUCCUGUUUCUUGUCGGUAUCGUUGCUUUCAUCCCGGAUAUGCGAAAAUGCCUUUCACCCAGUUCGCUGCAAGGGGAGUCCUGCACGGACCGGGUAACCCCAUCCCCGAUCGGGAUUCCUCUACCCCACCUUGCUGCCUUCCACCUCUUUCAUUCCGUGCCCCUUGGCUUCCCCGUUUAUGUUGAAUUUCUUCUUCAGUCGUCUUGGGGUAAUCCUAGAGCACAACCUGAUAAGACCACGGGGCCAUAUGUUCCAUCCCCUUUCCUUCAUGUCUUCUGUGACCGCCAUUCUGACCUGCUGGACAGGCACGGUUGUCAGAUACCCCAGUCCCAUUGCGGAGAAAUCGGCCUGAAUCCAAUAGUGUUCCUCGAGACUAGUUUCAAAGUGGCUACGUUCGGAGUGGUCGGGGUGUCGGAAGCGACACAACAGCCGCCCCAACAACAGCAGCAGUGCGGUAGCCCCGGUUGUACGGGGAGCAGUAGCACCGGGUGCACGGGAAGCAGCAGUAGUGACAGUGAGACGGCGCUCCCUCCUUUGAGUCACGGUGGUUAUUGUCCUGCCGGAGUCGGGGAUUACCCGAUGAUCGCAGCCAUGGUGUCCGCGUACGAUGGGAGCGGGCUUGGGGCGACCACGACCCUCCUCACCAGUGGUUACUCUUCGGACUCCAACUCCAGUGCUGAUCUGUAUACGGGUGGUACGGAGAUGUACAACGGUUCUCCAGUCGACUACCACCCUGCCGCCGAGUACUAUCCCGAGUAUGGGUACCCCUUGCCCCCCGAUGUCGCCGCCACCUUUUUGCAGACGGAGUACGGCCCCGAUGGGGGACGACACACCAAGACAACAGGUGAAGGGAAGGGAAGGGAAAUGAGCCCCAGGCGAGAGAAUGUUGAUUCCCUGCUGAGACGAGAGAUUUCUCAGAAAUCCCCAAUGGCGUGGGGAAAACCGCUACCCUCCUCUCACCUGUUCCUCGGGGCCUCCCUGGUGGGUUGCAUCUGUCCAGGUCCUGCGACGGUGCGGAUGGUGUCGACGAACUCCUCGCCGCCGAUCCCGGUCCCGGUCCAGGUUCCGCCAGGUCACAUGGUCCAGCAGAUCGUGGACGAGAACGGGACCCUGCGACACGUGAUCCUGUCGGCGCAACCCGCUCACCUGCCGCCACCGCCGCCUCCGCAUCUCGCACAUCUCCCACCGCCUCAUGCACAUCAUCACCACCACCACCCACACCACCCGCCUCCGCCCCCGCACAACCCAUAUGGAGCUGCAGCAACUGCAGGAGCUGGAAGUGGGAACCAGUUUUACCAGUUCCCGCCAGGUCCCUACCCGGGUGGUGGAUUCGGUGGGGUGCCAACUGCGGGUCAGGCCCGGAUGACCUCAACCCCGUCGGCCUCGUCCGUGUCUUCGUCCUCCCAUCACCCAGCAGGUGGUCCGGGAUCCACUCCCCCGCCGCCGCCCCAGUCCGGCUCUGGUCUCCCCAUGUACCACAAAGACGAACGCACCCAGAAGCAGCACUUAAAGCUGAGGAGGAAGCUGCAGCAGAAGCAGCGUGAUAGUAGACUCUCGCAUCACAACAACAACAGCAUUCACCAGAACAGUAUCGGUAGCGGUUAUUUGCAUGGGAACGGCGUGCAUAAUGACUCGGGUUCCAGUGUGUCCUCCCUGCAUUCCACCCCGCCCCUCUCCCCACAGAAAGGAGAUUCCCGUCGUGACCGAAGUGGAGAUGACCUGGAAGAAGAACUUGAAGAUGGAGAUGUGGACCCAUCCCAACAGGCCCUAUUAAACCUCCUGGGAUCAGUGGAUCCUCCAUCAGUGUCUGAGGUUACGGCUCGCAGUGCUCUUCUCUCGUGGAAUCCACCUGACCUUACAUCCUCCAGUUCCAACAUGGAAAAGUCUAGUGAGGUGGAAGCUGAGACUGCAAGCAGUAGUGGAACCAUGCCCUCUGUCCCAAUGGUGGAACCCUGUGAUCUACAGUAUGAAGUGGUGCUGAGUGACCGAGGGAAGGAUGGCCGAUACAAGACCAUCUACUUGGGUCCUCACCUCCAGUGUCGCCUCACUGACCUGAAACCUCAUUCAGAGUAUUUCAUCCGGUUGCAUGUUUUGUACGAGGAUCUGCGGGGUGCACCUUGUGAACCAGCGAGCUUCAUCACUGAGUCCUGUGCCCCUGAUGCACCCUCAGCACCAAAGAUCUUGAACCGUACCAAAACUGCCAUUCAGCUGAGGUGGAACCCCCCUCCUGAUAAUGGUGGGAAGAUCACCCGUUACGCUCUGGAAUGGGAUGAAGGACAAGGACCUGGUGCUGCAUUCACUGAGGUGUUCUCAGGCUCCUCAAAGCAGUGUCGAAUUCCACGCCUUCAGCCAGCCACCAAUUACUGCUUCCGCUUAGCUGCUGCCAAUGAAUUUGGACUUAGUGAGUGGAGUGAGAUGAUGAGUGUGAGUACAUCAGGGACAGUGCCACCACCCCCACUCCCUCCUGCCUUGGUGGAAGAGCCAACUGUGUCAUCGCUUCAUCUCACCUGGCAGAGACGUCCUUCUGAUUCCAGCUUUUCGCUCCAGAUGGAAGCCCAGGGUUCUCCUCAUGGAUUCCUUCCUAUCUACAAUGGCUCUGACACUUCUUACUUGGUGGAGAACCUCUCUCGCAACACAAUGUUCCAUUUUCGACUAAAUGCCUGCAACGAGGAGGGAUCAAGCAGGUGGUCGGAUGUGGUAGCAUUCAAAACGCUUCCUGCUGCCCCAGAUCCCCCACUGAGACUUCAGCUGAAGGGGAAGGUCCAUGCUCACUCAUUCCGCCUGGACUGGGAGCCACCUAAAGAUGAUGGAGGGGAUCAGAUUACCCAGUAUCUUCUUGAGUUGGAUGGUGGAGCAGGUUUCGAGUUGGUGUAUUCGGGUCUAGAGACAGAGUUCACAUGUGAACGAUUGAGCCCUGGGACACCUUACACUGCUCAGGUGAGCUGUGUAAGCAGCGGGGGUCGGUCAGAGCCAUCAGAUCCACUCCGUGUUACCACGCUUCCUGUCUGCCCAGGCCAGUGUCCUCCUCCCUGGCUCACUGGGAAACCAAAGGCUCAUUCCCUCCAUCUGAAGUGGGCUCCUCCAGAGUAUGAUGGUGGGAGUCCAGUGCGUGAGUACCAAGUUGAUGUGACAAGUCCAGACAAUACAACACUCCAGGCUUAUCGGGGGAUGGAGACUGAAUGUGUUGUUGCAUCCCUCCUUCCUGGGAGACCAUAUCUCUUUCAAGUGAGGGCCUACAACAAGGCUGGGGCUGGUCCCUGGUCAGAACCCCUGGAAGUAGUUAGUGGGGCUGGAGCACCUGAUGCUCCACCCGCACCAGAAUGUACCCCUAAGAGUCCAUCGUCUGUAAGUGUGGCAUGGGAGGAGCCACUGAACAAUGGAGCUGCCAUCACAGAGUACCGACUGGAAAUGGCUCUCACAACUGGUGUGCAAAAGGAUGAGGGUGCUGAUCGCUUGGAGUCAUGUAAUGGCCUCCCUUUCCACCCAGCUUACAUUGGCCCUGCCCUUUCGCAUGACAUCAAGGGAUUGCUUCCUGCUGCUUCCUAUCUCUUCCGUGUUCAGGCAAGCAACAGUGCCGGUGUAAGUCCAUUUUCUCCAAUGACCUGCUGCACUCUUGCACCUUGUGCUCCUGGUGUGGUACCAGGAGUUCGAGUGACACCCUGUCCCACAAGUCUCUCCAUCAUGUGGAGGGAACCUCCAUGCAAUGGAGCUCCCAUCCUCCAUUACAAUGUGGAGAUUGGUGAUCUAACCCUGGAGGCACCUGCAUUGUCUGCCGAACCCUUCCUUGUUGACGACCUGCUUCCUGAAACCACCUACAAGGUGCGAGUACAGGCUGUGAAUGGAGUAGGUGUGGGUGGGUGGUCAAAUCCAUGCCGUGUGACAACCUCCCCACUUCCACCCCUCCCACCCCGCCUGGAAUGUACCACAGCAGGCCACAACUCACUGAGACUGCGUUGGGUGCAUCCUAGUCUCGCCACACCCUCAUCUUCACCCUCAUCCCCCAUGUUAUACACAUUGGAAAUGGAGAAUCCUCGCAAGGGUGGCUGGCAGGUGAUGUACACUGGGUCCUCACAUUCGCACAAGGUCGGAAGACUCUCUGAAACCACCACACACCGGUUCCGCAUUUCGGCCUCCAAUGAGAGUGGCCAGGGCCCAUAUUCCCCUAUUGCUGCAUUCACUACCCUGAAGGCACCUCCUGCUACACUCAAGUCACCCCAGAUGCAGAUGUUGGAUGGCAGCCAGUGUCGUGUGGAAUGGGGUGAGGUGCGUCCCCCACCAACUCCUGACACCAUCUCUUACCAGCUUCAGAUCCAGCCUGCCAAAGAUACUGAAUUUCACACUGUGUACAAAGGGGAGGAGAGGAGUUAUGUGCUGACAGGACUACAGAGCAACAUGUUGUACCGUGCACGAGUGUGCGCAGUGCGGCAUUGUGAAGACAGUGAGAUGCUGGUAGGAGCAUACUCUCCAGUGGCAAUGUUUCACUCUCCACCUGCUGCCAAGCAACCAUCUCCCACUGACACCAGCCCUGGAUCCCUUCUUCCAAAAUCUCCUGUUCAGAUGGGAGAAGGGAAGCAGCUGAGCGACCAACAGUUGGUGGCCCUUUGGGUGGCUGGAUUUACACUGGGUGCCAUCCUGUUUGCAGUGAUUAUCCACAUGGCCCUUGCUUCAUCUUGAUCUGAUUUCUUCUUCAAGGAGAAUCAUCCCAAGAGCGAUGGGGGCAGGGGAAAGAGGUAGUUCAUCUUGCAUGCAUUCCCUCACGAGGCAACAAACACAUCAGCACACAGCGACAUACAGCUUUACAGGCUCUCACAUCUUUGACUUCCUGUUCUCUGCUUCUCAUUCCUUUCUUCUUUUUUUUUCCCUCAUUUAAGAGGGUAUGGUAAAGAAAAACAGUAAUUAGAAGGAAAAAAAAGAUGGAACCAAUCCUGGGCUCAAUUACUCACCAAUAAUAUAUUUAUUUAUAUUGCAAAUCAUUUACCAGUGGAGAUAAGAAAAAUGGAGCAGUUGCUUUUUAUUAUCAUUCUGUCAUUUAUUGUGCAAUGGAGAGGAAUGAACUUGAUCCCUCUCUUGAUCCCCCAUUUCAUGACUUUCAUCUUGAGAAGAACAAGUUUUUAUGCAAAGGAAAAAGAGUGUAUCUUUUUUCAAACUGAAGUUUCUUCCAGGUUCUGGUGCUUAUGCUAGUCAGGCGUAAAGUCUGGAAAAUCUAGAUGUUUAAAGUUUUUCUUUUCAUUGCUGGCCGCUUGCAUAUCAGAGAGAGAAUAAUCCCCAAUAUUUGUGAUGUUUCCCUUACCAUUCUCAGAGACCGAAAAACCCUUUUCAUCAAAGGAUGAAAACCUUCCUGAAGAAAGUUUAUUUUGAUAUUAAAGAGAGAUACUUUACUGGGGAGGAGAAUAUAAAGUUUUUGUGUUUUCUUGUGAGGGGGACUGUGCUUCACUGUGAUGUCACCAAGAUUUCUUUCCUCACUCUUCCUGCUGGAAAUGCUUUCAAAGUUUUCCCCUCUCCCCCCCCUCAUAAUGAUUCUGAUGCUGUUGAUCACAGUGAUGAUUACGAGAUGAAAAUAUAAGAGACUGUAUAGAGGAAAAAAAAUCUCAUCCUGACUAGAUGAAUUCCAGAGGGAAAAAAAACAUUAUUGUGCUUUGGACUUUCCUUGUCCCCAAGAGAGUGUGAAGAGACCAAUUUUUUUCACCUGGUUUUCUUUUUUUCCCUCUUUUUUUGCCAUAAGCAUAUUUUUGUGAUGUGGGUAUAAGUUUUUUGCUCUAAAUAAUUAUCCUAUAUAUUUUUCCAGAGUUUUGUCAGUAUGGGAGAAAAUGAAGUACCAAGAGAGAUUUUUCCUUGUUUGUUUUCACUAUGGUCUAUAUCAUCGUGGAUGUGAAUCAAUUAUUCCCUUUUCAACGUAGCUGGAAUGUUUUCAUCCUCCUCUAAAAUGAGAGAGAAUGGUACAGGUAUCAAUUUUAUUCCGCAUGGUGGAUGUGUGGUUUGAUUCUUGUUUUUUUUUGUUUUUGGUGAAAGAGGUCAGGUGGCAAAAGGAAGAAUUCCUUCUCUCAUGUCUCUCGACAGUCCAUUCCAAGUCAACUUGACCUGCAAAUGAAAAUAAAAUGAUAUCAGAA